CUCAAUUUUGUUUUUGGUUAUCCCUCUAUCUCUAUCGAUCACUUAUGGGCAGAGCAAAAUCCAUGGUCUCGCUCUUGUUGGUGCUCUUCCUUGAGAUCCUUGUUAGAGCUCAGAUAGCAACAACAGAGACCACAACAGAGUUCAUUUUCCAAGGUUUCAAAGGAAACCAAUCAGAUAUUCAGAUGGACGGAGAUUCAACCAUCACAUCCAACGGACUAUUGAGGCUCACCGAUCGAAACAAGGACGUUGUUGGUACAGCUUUCUACCAUAAACCGGUGAGAUUGCUCGACAGUAACUCCACCAAUACGACAGUUCGCUCCUUUAGCACUUCUUUCGUCUUCGUAAUCCCUUCAAGCUCAACAAGCAACGGAGGUUUUGGCUUCACAUUCACACUCUCUCCAACCCCAAACCGUACAGACGCGGAUCCCGAGCAGUACAUGGGGCUUCUCAACGAAAGAAACGACGGGAAUUCAAGCAAUCACGUUUUUGCUGUGGAAUUCGACACGGUUCAAGGAUUCAAAGACGGUACAAAUCAAAUAGGCAACCACAUCGGUCUAAAUUUCAACAGUCUCUCUUCAGAUGUCCAAGAACCGGUGGCUUAUUACAACAACAACGAUAGUCAGAAAGAGGAAUUCCAACUGGUGAGCGGCGAGCCAAUCCAAGUCUUCUUGGAUUAUCACGGACCAACCAAAACGCUUAACCUCACCGUUUACCCAACCAGACUGGGAUAUAAACCAAGAAUCCCCUUGAUCUCACGAGAGGUUCCAAAACUGUCAGAUAUUGUGAUCGUCUCCGGGAGGAAACCGACAGACUCUGGGACCUUCUUUAUAGCCGAUUGGGUUAUGGAGCUACAAGCGAGCGGUGAGAUCCUCAGUGCGAUCGAUCCGAGACUCGGAUCUGGUUACGAUGAAGGAGAGGCAAGGCUUGCUCUCGCCGUCGGUAUGCUCUGUUGUCACCAAAAACCGGAAUCUCGGCCGCCGAUGAGAAUGGUGCUCAGGUACCUGAACAGAGACGAGGAUGUCCCUGUGAUUGAAGACAACUGGGGAUAUUCAGAUUCUUCAAGAACCGAUUUAGGAUCGAAACUCGUCGGAUAUAUUUCGUCGGACAGGGCAUCGAGCUCACACUCACACACAUCUUCGUCUCUCACAAGAAUUUCUUCUACUUCUUUUAUCAGUGGUAGAUAGAUUGAUUGACACAUUCAAGCUCACAUUAACUCUCUUUUUCUUUUUUUCCCACUUAACUAAUUCAAGUUUGGGCUCGGCCCAUUGGGUUCCUUGUCUCGUGUCCAGCAAAAAGCUGCGCCUAUUAAUUAAGAGGAAUUAAUUUA